AUCAGCCAGCAGAUCAUAGAUUUAUUAAGGGCAGUGUGAAACUGAAAUAUUCCUCAUUUCAAAAUGGAGCAAGCUGGAACUGACACUCAUCAUCAUGACCAUUCCCGUCAUCAUCAUGAACAGAUGGAUACAGACAGGACAGGACGUGAUCAGGUACUUGCCACAACAACUCUUGAGAAGACAAGUGGAGCCAAAACAUCAGACUUCUAUAGAACAGAAAAACUUCCACAUAGAUUUGAAAAUCCUGAGGUAUUUGAAGGAUAUAAUCACAAACCACAGAACCUUCUUUAUCGUACUACAAGCAUGGGAUAUGGCAGUAUACCUCCCACUGUUGACACAGUCCCCACUUGUUUCCAUGCACGUACUAAUAAAUUCUCAGAGCAUCUAGGUAAAUGUGGCAUGUACCGCAAUGAAGGAUUGAAUACAAGCAUGGAAUCAAGCGGAGUGUGAUAAUCAACUGAUUAUUCGAGCUUGUCGAUAGCAAAAUUCUGACAUUGAAAUGAAUCUUAACUCAGCCAAAGUAGAAAGGACAAUGCUACAAGGUUAUCUUUGUGAACUCAACAAAAAUGAAGUGUCAUUUUUUUUUCCAUCGUUUGGAAAUCAAAUAUUCAGCAAGGUCCAUGUUUCAAUCCUUCUUAAAGAUGAAUUUGAUAAUUCAUGUGCUGUAGAAGAUUACAAGUUGUAUGCAAUAUGCUAUGUACAUAUCUUGUAAAUAGAGAAAAAAAAUUCUACUGUACUCUUCUGCAAAGUAAAAUGUUUGAAGAACCAGCAUAUGCAACAGGUCGUAUUACGCUUAUUCUGUUAACAUACUUGAAAGAGGCUCACAAAGUGUUUGUUUCAGUGCAAAUGAAAGCCAAAGAUACAAUAUGAUACGCUCUACCUUGGUUACAUGUACAUGCAGGUUUUUUUUUUUUUUUUUAAACACUUGUUUGAAGAUCAAGUUUAUCAUGCUUAUUACCAUUUUCAUUUAUGAAUUGCCUUAUAAUUGAGAAUGACAUUGCCUACUGAUUCUUAGUCCCAUGUGUUGAUGGUUCAGUCCAAGACCCUUGAAUGAUUUAAUUACUAAAGUAGUACAGUACUGCCUUACAUGAAAUAAAGUAUCAAUAGUCAAAGCUACUGAAAAUUGGAAAUUUUGAUUUGACAUGGGCAUAAACCCGAUUGUAGCAUAGCAAAGAAAUGAAAUAAAAGUUUUAUCUGAAUGUAGAAUAUCUUGUUUCUGCCUUUAAAAAAACAACAUAAAAUGACCCCUACAUGUAAGUACAAUGACUAGGUUGCGUUCAAACUUGUCAACUGAAAACUUAAGGAUAGAGCCUUGUUAAAUUUUGUAAGGAUUCGAGAAUCUGAUAUUGAUAACAACUUUGUAUGAAGUGAAGCCCUAUUACCUGUUUUGAAGAUACAUACAGUGUAUAUAUAUAUAUAUAUAUAUAUAUAUAUAUAUAUAUAUUCAUGUAUGAACACCCUAACUAUACACAAUGUAGAUCAUAAAAUUCAGACGGUUAUCUUAAAGUCAGGGAAUUUGAAAAAAAUUAUUUCCAGAAGCAAAAUCAGGAAAUCUUAACACACCCUUUUUUUUCCAGGAGCAAAACUUCAAAGAAUUUAUCAGUUCUAAUAAGUUAUGGAAUUUGUUUUUUUAUUCUACAUUGUGGAAGAACAUUUACUUAUUUUUUUUCAUUCAUUAGCAUCCUUGAGCUGACCCUAUAUAAACACGGCAUGGAAUAUUGAAAUUAGUUAAUCAGUUAGAUUGCACUUGGCAAAUGGUCAAGUCAUGAAAAAGUGUUGGACCACAGUCCUUUUUUGCGAUUUGGCCUUGUAGUCUGGAAAGUCAAGAAAUUUCAGAAAUGUUAAGAUAUAUGAAACUUGCAUGUACAGUAUAUGAUACCAUUCACCCCAAACAACAUAGUUUACACACCUAUUUGGGGAUACUGGUACUAUAAAUGUAUAUUAUGGAAAGUGAUGUGAUUAAACGUUUAUGUGAACUAUCUUUUUUAAAUGUAUUCAAUGUACUGUCCUAAUAACAUAAACACAAGGGAAACUGAAUGUAACACAAAUAUUACUGAAAAAGCCAAUUGGCUUGUAGACAUGAGAAAACAUUCUUUUUCCACAAUCAAGCUUUUGCUUGCUAGGAAAGCUUGCCAGGCGAGGUCCUGACGAAGCUUGCAGCCUAGCAAGCUAAAGCUUACCAAAUCAGGUAUCGUUUCAUGAUUGGAAAAAAAAAUGUAUUUCUGAUCAUAACAAUUAUUAUGUGUGAAGUAUUAUUUAUUGUGUCACAAAUCUUUGAAUAAAUACUCAUUUUUACAUGUAAA